AUGACGGUUAUCAUAAGGAUAAUACUAAUGGUCACGGUGACGGUGACAAUAACCGUAAUCGUGAUAGUAAUAGUGACAUUAACGAUUAUGGUGAUGGUAACAAUGACGAUGAGAGUAAUGGUAAUUGUAACAAUGACGGUUAUGGUGAUGGUGACAGUAACAGUAAUGGUGAUGGUGACUUUUGUGGUGAUGGUAACAGUGACGAUUUUGGCUAGGGUGACAGUGGUAGAAGCAAUAACGAUAGUGGUAAUGGUGACGAUCACUCUAACGAUAAUGGUAAUGGUCACGAUAAUGGUGACGGUAAUAUUAACGGUAACGGUAAUUAUUACGGUGACAAUAAUGGAGAUGGUAAAGGUGAUGGAAACGGAGAUGGUAACGGUAACGGUGACAGUAAGAGUAAUGGUGAUGAUAACGGUUACAGUAACUGUUACUGUAACGAUUGUAGUAAAGUUUACUGUCACGAUAACGAAAAUGGUAACGGUCACGAUAAUGAUAAUGGUAACGGUGAUGUACGAUAACGUACAUAGUUACGGUAACGGUGAUGGUAACGGUAAUGAAAACGAUAACUGUAAUGGAAAUGGUGAUGAUUACUGUAGCAAUGACGGUAAUGGUAAUGGUAACGGUCAUGGUGAUGAGAACGGUGACGGUGACAGUAACGGCGACAACGACGGUACCAGUGACAAUGAUAGUAAUGACGAUUACAAUGAUGGUCAAGGUAACAGUAAUGGUAACAAUAACAGUGACGAUGACGGUGAUGGUCACGGUAACGGUAACGUCACAUUCACGGUGAUGAUAAUGGUGACGGUAACGGUAAUUGAAACGAUAACUAUAACAAUGGCGGUAAUGGUAACGGUAACAGUGGUGAUAACGGUGAUGGUAACGACGACAAUGACGGUAACGGUAGCAGUGACGGUAACAAUAACAGUGACGAUGAUGGUGAUGGUCACAGUAACAAUAACGGUAACAGUGAUAGUAACGGUAACGGUUACGGUAAUAGUGAUGGUAACUGUAUCGGUAACAGUCAUAGAAUGA